AUGACCUCCUCGACUGUAGUGUUGGGCGCCGGCAUCAUUGGUGCGUCCACGGCGUAUUAUCUGGGCCAGCAUCAGACUCCAUCUUCAAUCCACAUCGUGGACCCUUCGCCGGAGCUCUUUGAGUCGGCGUCGGGGUAUGCAGGCGGGUUUCUCGCCCGAGACUGGUUCUCAUCCCAGACCUCGGGACUCGGUGCUCUCAGCUUUGAUGAACACCGGAAGCUCGCCGAGGCCGAGGACGGAGGGCAGAAAUGGGGGUAUAUGCGUAGCACGCCCAUCAGCUUCAGUCCUGGAACAAUGAAAGGCCAGACGGUUGUUGCUGCAGGCAGGGCCGAAGCUGCCAGCAGGACUGGGGGCAAUGGCGUUGCACCACCUUGGUUAUACCAAGGCGACGGCGGGAGAGCUGAGGCUAUUGGUGAAGAGGGGACUGUUGCACAAGUAGACCCUUUACAACUGUCCCGAUUUCUUCUUCAAAAGUGCCUCGAAUCUGGUGUAAAAUUACACCACCCGGCCAAGGCCACUUCAGUCAUGACGGAUACGCGCAAUGAGAUAUCGAGCGUGCGCAUCAUGGACACCAGAUCGGGCACGGAAUCCGAUAUCCCAUGCACGAACAUAGUUAUUACGGCCGGAGCAUGGUCACCUCAGGUCUUUGCGGCUCUAUUUCCUCGGUCACAGCUCAAGCUUCCUAUAUCGAGCCUCGCCGGUCACUCGCUCGUCAUACAGUCUCCGCGUUGGACGGCCGGGUACGAAGCACAAGCUGGAUGCCACGCUGUUUUUGUGUCGGGUGGCUCUGGUUACUCACCUGAGAUAUUUUCCCGCGCCGGCGGCCACAUUUACAUUGCAGGCCUAAACUCGGCAACAGAACCUCUACCACUUCUGGCGACAGAUUCAAGGUCCGGUAUCUCCAAGUCCGCGAUUGCGCAACUUAGAGCAACGGCGUGUGAGAUAUUGGGACGCGGACAAAUAGAGAUCGUCAGAGAAGGGCUUUGUUUUCGCCCGACGACAAGUAGCGGAUCGCCCAUUAUAGGCAGGAUUCCGGACACGCGUCUAGGUGAGGGCGUCACUACACGGCCAGGCGCAGACGGCGGUGUCUAUCUUGCUGCAGGCCAUGGACCUUGGGGAAUUAGCCUGAGUCUUGGCACUGGGAGAGUGUUGGCAGAGAUGAUUCAGGGGCGGAAGUUGAGCGCCGAUAUCUCGAUGCUGGGACUAUAA